AUGGAUAUGCUUCAAGGCAAAAAAGUUAUAUCGAGAGACGGCAGCCACCAUCCAAUCAAAUACGUUUUGAAAAACAAACGGAUCCUGAUCUACUUGUUCCACGCGUCUUUCGUUAAUCGACCAGGAUUUUUGCAGAAAUUGAAGUCUCUUUAUCAGGAAAAUCUAAAAAGAAACUCUGGAAUAGAAAUCCUGUACGUGUCAAGUGACACAGAAGAAAAAGACUUUAAGUACGACUUUAAUAUAAGACAAGGACCAUGGAUGGCAGUGCCUUUCAAAGAUCCUUUAGCAAUUGAACUAAUUUAUAAAUAUGGCAUAAGCUUCUUACCAGCCCUAGUUGUGGUAAACAAAGAGGGCGACAUAAUCACAAAAAAAGGCACAGAAGAGCUUGAAGCUAAAGGAAUUAAUGUUAUUGUAACUUGGACUGAAUACGUCCAAUCAUAA